ACACAAGAAUGCUCGGGGUUUGGGGCGGAGACAAGACUGCUUCACAUCAAUCCAAGUAAACGUAUUCGUUGUGCGUAACAAUAAGUUACCACACAGACUCUUUUAUCCGUGUAAGGAAGGCGCGUUUUCUCGGUCCUCCUGGACGGAUGGAGUGUGUUUUCACACACAUCGGAGACGGAUAUAUCUCAAAGGUAGUUUCGAUAGCGAGGUGCCCAGGAUACCGUCCAUAGUGGAGUGACACUGGAAGCAAACAAGUGAGUGUAACGCGGUUCUAGGUUAAGCGGUUGCCUCGGAGCUCAAUCGGCAGCGAUAACCCUCUUUAUCCAGCACAACACGUUUUAAUAACAAUUACAACCUUGUUCGGGGGUUCCUUUUGUUUGUAUCGCAGGGGAAGGCUAUCGAAAUAUCCUCAUUCUUCUGCUCCUCUCCCUGCUUUUAUGGAACAGCAGACGCAACGAACGCAAAGCCUUCGCCAUAGCGUCGAUGCAAGAGGCACCAUGCGGACUGGCGCGGAGGCGGAGGGCUUGGAUGGCGAGGCCUCCAACGCGUCAAUGAUCUCUGGGGCCAGCAGCCCCUACCAGCCCACCACCGAGCCCGUGCAAGCCAGAAGCCUGCUGGGGGGGAUCAGGUGUGACCUGGAGUACCUCAGGUCGUACCUGGGGAUCCUGAAGGUGGUAGAGGUGGUGCUGGCCCUGCUGGGCUUCAUCUGCAUCGAGACCAUCAUGCUGUGCUCUCCCUGUGGGGGCGUGUACUUCUUUGAGUUUGUCAGCUGCAGCGCCUUCGUCGUCACCGGGGUCCUCCUCUUCAUCUUCAGCCUCAACCUGCACAUCAAGGUGCCCCACGUCAACUGGAGUCUCACGGACCUGGUCAACACAGGGGCUUGUACCCUCUUCUUCUUCCUCGCCUCGUUGGUCCUUGCCUGCAUCAACCACGGGACUAGCGCUGAGAUCGCAGCUGUGGUGUUUGGCUUCUUGGUCACGUGUGUGUACGGCCUCAACUCCUUCCUGGCUGUCAGGAAGUGGCGCCGUGGCGACAGUGGCCAGGGGGUAACGACAAGCAGCGAGUAUACACGUGCGCGCACGGCCUCUCGCGGCGAGGUGGAGACGCGGCCAGAGCUAGCAUGAGAUGGACAACCCGAACACGCAUGUAACCACGGCGACCGCAGGGGGGGAUAUAGCGAGCGACGGACCGCUGCCGGUACCAUGGAAACGAUGGUUUGUGUGUAACGGUCUGAGAACUUAAGGACCUUGGUAACCUGUUCCAAGACGACUCCUCCCUGUUCCACCCUUUCACCUCCUCACACCUCCUAAUGGGGACCACACACACACACACACACACACACACACACACACACACACACACACACACACACACACACACACACACACACACACACACACACACACACACACACACACACGCACGCACCCAAAGACUUAAUCAACACUCAAGCACAGAGUGGUGUGUGUUGAGUGAAGAAGCUGAGCUGUUAGAUACUUAGUGCGGGGGUGAAGGGAACCCUACGUGUGGGGGAUGUGUACAAAGAGACCAAAGCAACGGAGCAGUUUAUACGACCCUUAAUGAUCACUUUGAUUUAUUGAUUACCUGGCUACCACCGUGGGUGUCUUUGCCUCGUAUCAUAUAUUUUUUAAUUGUUUUGUUUCGCUGAAGAGACAAGUUUGGUGUAAGAUGAACUUCGGUCUGCGGGUAGAGCUAUGCUAACAGUGUUAACAGUAUAGCAACAUGGCUACAUGGUGCGUUAUUCUGUGUCAUGCUACAUACAGCCGUCCAAUGACAACACAGCGCUGAAGCAGUAAGCUCCAGGGACUUUAUACUGGACUGAACAUUGGGCCUGCAAUGCUCACUAACUACGACUGCUAGCUCCUGGCUAAUGGUCAGAUAGUUCUGUUAUGAAUGAGAUAGGAGAAGAGCGAUAUUAAGAUAUGUGUUUUGUUUUACACAAACAAAACUACACUUAUGAAGUUGUUUGGUUUGUAUGUUUAUGUCAUUGUUGUGGGUUUUCCUGACUGGGUUAAAUGUAAAGGGAUGAUGUAAGCUACGGUAAAUAUUCGUAGACUAAGCUUCAUAGACAGGGUCUGAAAGCAAUAACAGGAAUUCAUUGGUUUAAGAAUGAAAUAUAUGACAUAGACAAUCCUCAGACCAAAAUCUACUGUGACUGCCCUAAAGUUGUAUAUUUGUACACAACAAAGUAUAUUCCUAUAUUAAGCUGCUCUCAAUUGCAAAAUCAAAAUUUUAAAAACAUGAAAAAAAGAAUGGGCCGGACGGAUCCACAGGCAGUCCAAGGAUCAUUUGAUGAAGUUAUGGGGAAUCAUUGAUUCAACUUUACAGUUUAAUGAGUGUUGUGAAAUUCACUACAGUUGAACCGGGGGCCUUUGGAAUAUAACAGAAUGAUUGACACAGUACAAUUGAAAACAUCACCUGGCUGUAUGUUUCCCAGGUAAUAAACACAUUCUGGUUAAAAGACAGUUGAACAUCAAGUCACAGAGUGCCUCCACCGUUAACCUCAGAUAUUUAACUGCCUUCCCAAAUAGUAAAUUUAUAUCAGUUAAUGAAUGAACUAAUUAACUCACUAACUGAUUAACAGGUUAUCAACUAAUUAGCGUUGUGUGUGUUGCAGAUUAGUGUGUGUUUAUUAUCCAAGUGAUGGAUAAUCGGGUAACUAUGGGAAUCAAGAGUUUAAAGUACCGUACAUGAAUCUCCUUUGAAACAGAAUUAUCUGUCAGUAUAUUUUCAGGCAUCAACUAUCUAGAGUCACAAGACACACUUCACAUUGUAAAGGUUUCCUAAGUGACCUACUUAAAUCCACUAAACACAACUUGUUUCAUUCAGUUAGUCCGCUAGAUAGUCUACUGAGUCUUUGCUAGAACAAUGGAAGGAAUGUAGACCUUCUUGUGUGUCUGAUGUAUCCACAGAGAAAUGUCAACAAUCGUAUCAUUCAAUGCCAGAGAUUUUUGAAGUUCUUUGAGGCUUAUGUGUCUUUAUGCUGUUAGGUCAAGGGUGUUAAUGCUACAUGGAUAAUCUAGCGCUCUCUGCUUGUCGUUUGUGGUAAUGCAGCUACACUGAGCAAUAUCGACCUACGUGAAGGCUUAGGUAAAUUAAUUGGUUUGUUCUUAAUAAAGGAUUUGAUACAAAUUUAAAAACGACGUGUUUAUUUAAAUAUAUUAUCUUCAGUUGAUUAAAUAUAUAUAUAUAUAUCGUCUUGACAUUGACCUAUUAUUUGUUUUUUAUUAUUAAUUUCAUAUCUUAAAUUCCAAUAUUUUAUCCUUGAUCCUUGUCAUUCCAAUUCUAUAAAUGGUUGUUUUAGUUAGGUGUGGAAACAAUAUUCCUUUACAUAUUGAACUAUACCAGCUCUGCCUAUAAAAUACAAUGUGUGGAACUCAAUUAACUGAUCAUUAUGAUGAUGUAUUUAUGAAAGCAUUUUGUUUUGAGAGAGGCCAUUUCUAAUUGAAUCUGAAUGUCCUCCAAUUAACACAAUAAAAAAGUAAAGAGGAAA